CGAUUGUCUUGCCACCAUCACUGCUUUUGUAGGAACAAGGAUUUUUGCUUCAUUUGGCAAUUCCAGUAUUGUGAACAUGGGUUUUUAUUUGUUCUUGACAUUUUUCUUCAGAAUUGUUUGAUAGAAAUAUGCAUGUGUGUACUUUUUUUGUAACCACUGUGGUUUGUCCCUAGCUCUCUUAACUGAUCAGGAACAAUACAACCCGGCUUGUCAGCCAAACAGGCCGUCACAGCAAACAAGCCUGGCAUGUCCAUGUCGCUUCACUCUAUUGUAUACGUGGAAGGCCUCCUCUGGAUGGGAGGGGAGUGAAAAGCGAGAAAAUGAAAAAUUUUGUUUAAAAGGAAAAGAAAAAGGCUUCUGUGUAAUUUCCUACUGCAGAAAAAUCUGACUGAAAUUCCCCUUUAGUGGUGGGCUUUCCUUGGGGUCCAAGUACUGGAGGUUUCUGUCUUGUGCCUUCUGUCCUGUACGGUUUUCCGCCUGCAGUUCUUGAUGCUUCUGUGUCGAAGCGUGCGUCAAACUCUGCUGCAGCAAGAGCCCCUGAACUUUCCAGCUUCUGCAGCCUGGUCUCCUCUGCUUCCCCACGCUGCUGAGCUGUGACCUUCGUGGCCUGUGCUGUAUUUAACUUCAGGGAGCUGCUUGAUUGCAGACACCAGGAGCAAGAUUGCUUUCCUUGGAAAAACUCGUCUCUGCAUUUUCAGACAAUGGAAGUUCUCAAAAUGGCUUUUGUAAGGCAUAAGGCAGGUAUGGCAGCUUACAUAUACACAGGCCUCUCAGCAGCCCAGGUCUAUGCCUCCUCCUAAAAUAGGAGUUGGUGUUUAUCAGUGGGGGAAAUCAUCUUGUUUACAUGGGAGCGCUGGAAUAUUAUUUUUGGUCUCAAACCUGGUUUGUGGGAAUUCUUGCUUAUUUCUUUAGGGCUGAUAACAUGCCUCUCACUGUUAAUUAUCAUGUAAACUCACAGCAGUGCGAAAAGGGUUUGUGUGCACCUAACGGUGACAGUGUGCUUUGAGUGAGGUUUUUUCUGCCUUCUAGACUAAGCCCGAAGCAGGUUUUGCAUGGAAGGAGACAGCAGUGUGCCCAGGGAAGGCAGCUCCCUGGUGCUGGGUGCUGCAGGAGGUGCUGGUGUCCGCAGCUGCUGGUGCAAUUUGCAUGUUUUGAGAGCUUGCUCUGCUGUCACCAAGGAUGUCUUCCUGGCGUAUGGUUUGUGCUGGCUGUGGGCAGCGCAGUCUUCGAUGCGAUGUUUAAUGGUGGAAUGGCCACAACUUCUACAGAGAUUGAGCUGCCUGAUGUGGAGCCUGCUGCCUUCCUAGCUCUGCUGAAAUUUCUUUAUUCAGACGAAGUUCAGAUUGGACCAGAGACUGUUAUGACAACACUUUACACAGCUAAAAAAUAUGCAGUUCCAGCCCUUGAAGCUCAUUGUGUGGAGUUUCUUAAAAAAAACCUCCGAGCAGACAAUGCAUUCAUGCUGUUAACACAGGCAAGACUUUUUGAUGAACCUCAGCUGGCCAGCCUUUGCCUAGAGAACAUAGACAAGAACACAUCAGAUGCCAUCAACGCGGAGGGGUUUACAGACAUUGAUCUUGACACCCUGGUUGCGGUGCUGGAGAGGGAUACCCUGGGGAUCCGGGAGGUUCGUUUGUUUAAUGCAGUGGUUCGCUGGUCGGAGGCUGAGUGUCAACGGCAGCAACUUCAGGUGAUUCCAGAGAACAAGCGGAAAGUACUGGGCAAAGCGCUUUCUCUUAUCCGCUUCCCAUUGAUGACUAUUGAGGAGUUUGCAGCAGGGCCUGCCCAGUCGGGAAUCCUCACGGACCGGGAAGUGGUGAGCCUGUUCCUCCACUUCACAGUGAACCCAAAGCCACGGGUGGAGUUCAUCGACAGACCACGCUGCUGCCUGCGGGGGAAGGAAUGCAGCAUCAGCCGUUUCCAGCAGGUGGAGAGCCGCUGGGGGUACAGUGGGACUAGUGACAGGAUAAGGUUCUCAGUAAACAAAAGGAUAUUUGUAGUUGGGUUUGGAUUAUACGGAUCCAUACAUGGGCCAACGGAUUACCAAGUAAAUAUACAGAUCAUCCACACAGACAGUAACACAGUCCUGGGGCAGAAUGACACGGGGUUCAGCUGUGACGGAUCAUCAAACACAUUCCGGGUCAUGUUCAAGGAGCCUGUUGAAAUUUUACCCAACGUCAACUAUACAGCAUGUGCUACUCUAAAGGGUCCAGAUUCCCACUAUGGAACCAAAGGACUGCGCAAAGUGAUCCAUGAAUCACCAACAACAGGAGCCAAAACCUGCUUUACGUUCUGUUACGCGGCUGGGAAUAACAACGGCACUUCUGUGGAGGAUGGACAAAUCCCAGAGAUCAUCUUCUACACAUAGUGCAGCUGCGGAGCUGGCUCUGGACUCUUCCGUUCUCUUCCCCGUGACCUUCCAAACUAAAUUUCUGGCUGAGUUUGACCACACCUAUUGGAGCCACACUAGCCAAAGGUCUCAGUAAAAUCAUUUCAAAGCUCAUGUUUUGCCUUGUGCUAGUGAUUCUGCUGCUAUCACGUACCAGACUAACUGGUAUACCAGUAUCAUUGUAGGUUGUCUGUGGCUAGUCAUUUUUCACUUUACUGAUUAAUCCUAUCUAACAACAUGCGUUUUUUUGACUGUAAUGAAUGUAGAUGCUUUUCCACCAGUCAGAAGCAUGGAAACGAGUGGCUCUGGUUGUGGUUAUACUUGCUGUGAGGAGAGAAUCCUGCAAAAAGACACGGUCAAGGGCUGUGUGGCCCAUCCUCUUCUGCUCUAGCUCAGCAGUCGAGGCGAGACGGUUUGCCAUGCCUGCCCGGCAGCGCCGCUGCAAUGGCAGGGCUUGGCCAGCCCGUGCCUGGCACCUUCCUUCCCGCCAGCCACGGCACGUGCGGCCGCCUUCAAAAAGUUACAGAAAGUGGCCUUUUCCCUGAGGCUUCACUGUUUCAGCACUACAUGGUCUUGAGGGAGACCUCAAAACUAGAGCGCCUCUGGAGAGACUGCGGCGUUUUCAUGCUAUUCUCACUAGUUUGUGACAAUCCUUUACCUUGGGCAGUUGGUGACAGUGAACCGACCUCCCCUGCGGACGGCCCGUGGCCCUGCGGAGUCGGGAAGGGGCAGUGGCUCUGGCCGGGCAGGCUCUUUCCUCCCCUGCCUGCAGUGUGCUGUGCUGGGGCCUGGUGAUGCUUCUUUCAAACUCUGUAGUGUGUUUCAAACGAUGGGUGUUCCUCAGAUAACCCCCGUGCAGCGUUCAGCAGCUGGGUACCUGUACUAGGCGUUACUGUGCUAAUCAAGUCCUUUGCAGAUAGUGCUGGGGUUUGUCAGCUGAAGCAAGCAAGGGAACUUGCCUCACCUGGCCCCCCGUUCCUGUGUAUUGCUGCUGUUUUCAUGCACGUUUCAAUGCAUUUUUCUCUCUGUUUGUUUCUGUGCAUUGCUAACCCAGCCCUGGGCCACUUCAGAGCCUUCUGCCCUGAUGCGAAAUAGGAAGAGAGGCUUGAUAUGCAACUGCCUGUUACCUAAUAACACAGCAGAUGGAUGAGGAUUUAUGAAACAGUUUAGGAAAACAUCAAAGAUUCUCUGUUUGCCUGUAUAUGUUUGCACAGUCUGCCUGUUUGGACAGGCGCAGGAGGAAGAUGCGGUAUUUACAAAUAUCACUUGUCUUUGGGCCAUUGGGCUCAAUAAUCUUGAAGACGCCCCCUUCUUACCUGUUCGGGGCCGAUUGCUUUUCCCCAUAAGCAGGUCCGACUGUGGCUGGGCAGUGAAGGCGCUGUCCUGCCGGGGAGGAGGUGGGUGGCUCGUGCUUGUGGUUGCCUGACCAGCUUCACAGCCGCUGCCCACUGGUGAAGACUACGAGACUAUUUCUUCCCCCUGCUCUGCAGAGGAAGCUGUAAUUAAAACCCUGCUUGGCAGCGUGGCCAGAGCCUUCCAAAGUCUGCACGGGACUUGCUGGCAGGGGUGGUGCUGCCUCAAAGCUGAGGUUGCCCUUUGCAAAACUCCCCCUCUGCUCCAGGCACAUGAAGCUGUUGUAACUCACCGGGCAGCAGUUGCCACCAUACUUAGCUGCUAGAAGUUGAAACCUAGUCGUCCUUCGCCGGUGCGGAUGGCUCGGUGCCUGCUCACUUGCUGGGGAAAUGACAUCUCCUCCUCUUGCUCCCUGCGGUCGGGCUCUGCCCUCGGUCCGUGGCUGGCCGGGUAUCUCCUCAUCAGCAGCGCAGCAGUAAUACUGUCAGGAACGCCCUGCACCUCCUAACCAGUAGCUAUUAGAGAUGUCAAUAGUGUGUUACGUUCUCUAGGAAGACGUUGUAAGAUGUGUAUAUUGUAAGCCUGCUUCAAGGUAGGAUGUUUUUAAUAUGGCCAGUACUAAAAAAAAAAAAAAAAAAAAAAAA